AUGGCGGGUCUCCAGCUGCUCCCGCUGCUUUUAGCAGUUUUCUUCUGUGGCACAAACGCUGCAGCUCGAGUAAUUUUUCACGCUGGCAGUCGCCGUGGGGUGCCGACACAUCGUCAGCCUACGGUCGACUUCGCCGCCUUUGCUUCCUUCACGUCCCCGACUCCUCUCGGUUCCAUCUCGUACCUGAGAGAAAAUUUCCAUUUCGCGUUCUGGUCGCGAAUUCGAGAGACUCCGGCAGGGAAUGCCGAUCCACACGCUUUCACUUCUCACGGUCAGAAGCCUCUUUGCAGAACCACCCAACCGACCGUCGCGGACUGUUGGAUUUUUUCACUGUCGGCACCAUCCUCCGUAUCCCCCCUCUUUUCGCUGCCUUUCGCGUUUCUUCAUUGCUUUCCACAUGCAAAGCCAAGAAAUCUCUCCCAAAAGGGUCAGAAAAGCGGAUUUUCGGUGUCUCAAGAAUCUGUUUCCACUACAACCCCCUUUCCCCAAAGCGCUGUCCUUGCUCCUUCCCCUCCACCCGUCUCACUCUCUUUCUUUUCCCUUCGAGAUUUAUGUCGUCUAAAGUUCGAAUCGCGACUCCGGGUACAUCCUGAGUCCUUGAUUAGCUCGAGAUUGUCUUCUUUUUCAUCUUUUUCUGGCUCUUUCGUCCCCUCGCACUUUUGGUGUCAAGACCUAAUCCCAAAAGCGCUCUGCACCCGCCUCGACUGUCCUCCUCGUGUCUCCUUUGCACGCCGACCUAUGCAUCACGCUAAAAUCGCUCGAGAGGUUCGCCAUUUCGCACAGCGCCUGCUGCUUCAGGACGGAAGAGGGGCGAGUGCUGCCAAGAAAGCCUUUAUUUCUCGCCCAUCAACGGGCUUCUGCGGCACUUUCCAGUCCCCACAGAUCGCCCAAACGGAUGAGGUAUCUCCGUCUCGUCUAGGAUGCCGCGAAAACGAUCGAAGUACCGCCCUCUUCGGAUGUGGAGAGGAACUACAAGACGCGCACGGAGAUUCUGGAGGGGCACGGGAGCCCUCAGCUGAGUCCGACUCCGUCUCCGUUUCCUCCCGCGUAGACCAUCACCACGGCUACGGAGACGCGUUUGGGACAGCUGCAUCUGGAGAGAGGACAGACAGCAGCGAUGAUGAGACAGCGUCGAGUGAAUUGGCUAGUCACGGUGACGAUGUAGGCUGCGAUGCGGCCUUUUUGCUGAAGAAGGCAGAAGAGUUGCCUCGCGACGAGAUCGAGGGUCUCAUUCAACAUCUCCGAGAGAACCUCCCUCACCUCUUUGCGCCCGUGCAUGCACAGUUCGUCGACGAAAUCCACCGGCGACUGACAGCUGAUGAGAAGACAAGGGGCCUUGGCAGCGAGGCACCUUCCGCAGCAGCGUCAGACUCCGAAACCGACGCAGGUGAAGCGUGGCGAGAGGCUGAGGUAUCACAGUUUGCAAGUGAAGAUGAAGUUGCAAACGACGCAGCUGCCUCGAUUGGGAGACAAAGCGGAAAAUACCAGGAAGAUGCCGCCGGGGCAAGCGAUGUUGCGUCGGAUGCUGAAGCCCAAGAGGAAAGAUCUCCUGAGGCCCAAGUCUCUGACUCGCUCUUCGAUGACCUCUCUAUCUACAGCGGCGAGGAACUGCAGUUGAUUUUACGAUUGCUUCUUUGCGAGGCUGAAAAAGUAGAUCGAACGGAAGCAACAGGGACUUCCACCCUGUCAGCUCCAGAGUCCGCGUUGGCGCCGACUCCGAGACGAGAUUUGAGUGUACUGCCUUGGGAAACAGAAGGAACAGAAGACGCUAACUCAUAUUCCUCUGUCUCGUCGAUCCCCUUGGCCGAGUUGCUGGCCAGCCGAGAAUCGAUAGACAACCUGACAGACAUCCCCCGCUACAAGAUAGUCGAGUUUCUGGAGAAAUUGUCUCCCUUUGUCGCCGCCUUACCCUUUGAUGAUUUCCUCAAUGCGCCGAGCGCCUUCACAACAGAGCAGCUUCGCGACUUGGUCGGGCUCGCUCUCGCGCGCAUGCAGCAGGGGGUCUACACUGCACAGGAUCCCCUGGUGGUACGGCGUCUUGGCAAGUGGAGAGCCCGCAGGGAGAAGUAUGCAGCCUCCAAAAAGAAAGAGCUCCUCCGCGAGGAACAGGAAACACUUGGUGGAGAUGCUCAACGUUGUGGGGCGGACCGUGCAGGUGUACUUACAGAAGACCGGCAGACGCUUGAGCAGAGCAAAGGAGAUUCGCUGAAAGCUCGACAGGGAGGUGCCAGUGAGAAAACAAGUGUGAAGUACAGCUCUGGGAGACAUCACAGCGAGAAAGGUGGAGAAGAGACCCGAAACGCCUUCCGUGGUCUGGACCUCUCCCUCCCCUCGGGGACGCUUGACCCAAGCAAGUUGCAUGACUUGUCUCUCUCCAUGAGUAGGGGUGUGUACGGCGUGAAGACGCUCCCACGGGCUUCGGGGAAUCCAGACGGGAGUUUCUUGGGGGGAGAAGACAUGCACACCAUUGAUGGCGAGGAAAUUGACGUGGCAGAUCUCGAGGACGAGGCCCAGAUCGAUGGCACCUCUCAGGAGGACUCCUCACCACGUAGCGGCAGUGCCGCGAUUCUCGGCGUUGCAGACCAGGCUGAGGUGGAAGGCAUGAACGCAGAGGAGUUGACUCUUGCAGGAACAGAUGCCUGCGAGAUGGGCGUGACCACGCUAAGAACGAUCCUAGCCAGCGACGAAAACGCUCCGUACCGGCCGAGAAGACUAAGGACAAAGGCGGACGUCGAGGCGCUCUCGUGGCGAGAGCUUCGAGAUGCGUAUACAGAGCUCUCACGCCGGGCGCAGGGCGACGAGAAAACAGACAUUGUUCAAGGUAGAAAGAAGAUCGUCAAAGAGGUAGACGGUGACGAAAGAAGUACACCUGGUGGUUUGAGGUCGAGAUCGGACCACACACGGGCGAACGAGAAGAAAAAUGCUCGGCAGAGAGGGAGACAACACGCCGAAGAAACAGAGCGUGGACCUCCAGAGGACUCACCAACGCCCGCAAACCCCCUCGCGGCAUCCACAUGGUCUUUCGAUCCGAUAUCAGAAAAGGACUGGACACCCGAAUCCCUAGAAGAGGAGCGCUUGCGAAAAGGACGAGAUGCGGCGGCUGCCGCAGGAGGCUGUUUGCAGUAUGUUGUCGCUCAUCUGAAACGAGCAGAGGCGUUGGCCAAACGCGUUCCUCCCGCGUCGCGGAACGACGAAUCAAGGUCUCCAGACCACCUGAAAAGUGUUUUUGUAGCCGAGAAUGAGGAUGAAGUCCGGCCUCAGGCGCAAGCAGAUUCUCAGGUGAAGACCAACGUUGGCGGCGAGGAUGAAGAUCGUACCCCAGAUCUGCAUUCUCCAUCGUCGACGCCGGCGUCUUCUGGAUUCUUGGAAACAUCCACCUCUCCGGCUGAUACUGACGCGUUGCCGCUCGCCUUGUCGCCUCCUUCUUUGAACACAGAAUUUAACGUUUUUCAGGACAACGUCAGCGCCCCGCUUGCCGCAAACAGUCUGGCAGCGCCUCCUGUCUCCAAGCAUCUUCCGCCUCCGUCACCUGCACUGUCUUCGUUACCUCCUUCGUUUUUGGCGUUUCGACGUCUGGGGCUCUCCCCUUCGGUCGCCGCGGCGGCGAGCGCCUUCCUCGGAGCCUCCGCGUCUCCUUCGCCUGUGCAGGAAGCUGCGAUUCCCCGAACGCUUCGCUUCAUGAACGCAGAAGAUAGCCCUAGAGGUGCCCUCGUGUUGGGGGCUCAGACGGGAAGCGGCAAGACGUUGGCGUAUCUUCUGCCCCUCGUCCACCACCUGAAGCGCGAAGAAGAGCGAGAGAAGGAGUCCCGAGCGUGGGCGUCGAGGCGAUCCCGUGGCCCUUGCAUGUCAGAGACACUGCUAGCGAGCCAGACUGCCGCCGUAGAGUCCUCAUCUGCGUGCGCCACUUUCAUUCCAAGUCGGGGCGAGGAGUUUGACGAAGAGGCUCUUUCGGACGAGGCCCUUCGAGCCUUCGACCAGAAGGAAGCGGGACGGCCUCGCGCCCUUAUUCUAACACCGACCUGGGAACUCGCAGACCAAGUGGCUCGGACUCUGAAGGCCCUUUCGGCGUCUUCGCUCUUUGGAGCCGGCCCAGACGAGAGCUGGUUGGCGGUGUCUCGCGACUUACACAAGACCAUGCCUGGCCAGGAAACGCAUGCAACGCGUGUAGAACCGCAGCACUUUGACGCCCCGAGGCUCUCCGUUUUAACUCUCGCGGGAGACUCCUCCCUGGGGCUUCACCGCCAGCAGUUACGAGAGAGAACUCGACUGGACGUGGUGGUCGGAACUCCGCCGAGGAUUCUGAAACUCGUUGAGUGGGGUUUGCUGAAACUCGGUGAUCUGCGUUUCGUUGUCAUAGACGAGGCAGACGCCAUGCUCCUUUCCGAGGGGUUCGAUGCGGAAAUCAGGGAAAUUCUCGAGAAAGUCAGUCCAAAGCAAAGACUGUCUGAUAGCCCAGACUCCCGUCGAUCGCCAGAGAUGCACGGACAGGGGAGAAACGACGGGGGGAACAGUGCACUGUCUAGACCCUACCGCAGAGGAAAAGACACGAACGGCUUUGGAUCUGAAAAUGCGUUCUCACGGUUUAACGGCGCUUUGGAGAUUCCCGUGAUAGCCGCAGCAGCCACAGUGUCUUCUCGACUUGAGCGCGCUUUGGAGAGCCUCACAGGGGGCCCCGUGGGCCUCGUUCAAGCCUCAGGGAUCCACGUCCCGCCAGAGAGCGUGCGGCAUGAAAUGAUCGACUUGGGUGGCAGAGAUAAGUUGGAUGUCCUGCGGGAGGUUCUCCGAUCUCAUGAGGGAGUUCGCGCAGCGAGGAAAGUCCUGGUUUUCACGAACAGCAUUCAGGCGUGUCGUGCAUGCGAGUUUGCCGCCAAAGAUACCCUCGCAAGGACAUCUGGAGGCAGCGGCAAGGUGCUGAGCUGUCACGGUUCGAUGCCCCCAGCAACUCGAAAAAUCCAUUUUAGUCGAUUUGCAAAUGGAGUCUGCAAGUUUCUUGUGUGCACGGACUUGGCAAGCCGAGGCCUUGAUUUACCUGCCGUCGACGCGGUGAUCCUUUUCGACUUUCCGCUUUCGCCGGUAGCGUACAUACACCGAGCGGGGCGGACAGGACGCAUGGGAAGGAAGGGUUUGGUUGUUUCUUUCGUGACAAAGAAAGACCAAGUGCUGGCUACUGCGAUACAGCGGGCUCUCGAAAAGGGCACGGCGAGCCUUGCAGAACUGUCCUCUGAUAAGGCAGACUACCAGAAAGGUGGAAGACUCCACUUUCUGUCUCAGGCCGGCGGAUAUAACGUAAAGGAGCGGAAGUUGAGCGAGCCUUACAGGGCCGCAAGCAAGACCCGGCGAGCAGGCUGGAAGCCCCCCAAAUCGGCAGCUUGGCAUCAGGAGCGGGCGGAGCGGAUUCGCCGCCGACGCCAGAAGCAAAAGGCGGAGAAAGAUUACAGGCAGGGACAAGAGAAAAAGAAAAAAGAAGAGCAACGACAGCGUUCGAAACGUGGCGCAGUUAUUGCUGCCGCCAAACGCAAACCGUAG